AUGGGACAAUCUCAGUCUGGUACCAGUGAUAAACAUGUUACGACACAGCAGCUGAGUCAUGAACUGGCUCGGAAAUUCGCAAAACGUUGCUUUACCCCUCUCGAAUUGUUCUCAUUCCAGGAUGUUUUCAAGAGUCUUGCAGAUCAUCAAGAUGGAGUCGCAUAUCUCAAGGAAGAUACCAUCGCACGAUUCCUGGAGAUUCCGGAUAUACUAGGCGCUUCCCCAAUUAUAUUCCAGAUGGUAUCCUAUCUUGGUGCGUUUCCAUUCGGUCAGGACGCGCCAGCAGUCUUGGGGUUUGAACAAAUGAUUAUGGUGGUAGUAAUCAUGACGGAACGGUAUCAGAGGGUAUUGAAGAAGGGCAAUAGGGAUCGGACAAAACUACUAUUUCGAAGUCUGGCGGUAUACGAUAGAAGGGAAUCUUGCGCGGGAAUUGAAAAUGAAGAAGAUAAGGCGGAUACAACGUCUCCGCCAGCAGAAGGAGAGAAUGCUGUCAAAAAACAUGCAACAGGAUUCGCUAUCGAUGAAGCUGUGAAUGAUGACGAUGAAGAGGAAGAUGAUGAUCUUGCUUUAGCUGCACUUGAGUCACUGGAUGUCAUUGAAGUAUUUCGUCACGGAGAUCCGCCCAUAGCCCAAGCUACGAUUCCCUCCGAUAAUCUUAAAAAAUUGAUUAUGCUACUCCUAUUGGUAGCGCCGUUAGGGAUCCAAGAGAGUUUAGCUCAUCACACCGAAAGACUCGCCAGAUCACAAUUAGAAAGUCUUCGAAGAACAGCGGACAACAUUCUUGCAGCUUUUGUAAAUGUGGAAAAAUUCCCUGGUGUUAAAAUACAUCAAUUCAACACUGUGAUACCCAUUUCAUUGCCUUUUGUAUUUAAUGGAUUCAAUGCUCUGUUCGAACACUUCUUGUUCUCCAAGAACAUUGAUUUCACAAAACGGAAAGAUCCUUCAGAAGCACCGCCUCCAAUACCUUUGGAUGCUGAAAUAGAUCAGCCUCUUCUUCCACAAAUAGGUGAAAUACUGGAUCUCAAUGUUUUGUCGCAACUUUCCUUCUUCCUUCCCGGGGAUUCUCUCUUCCGACGUCUUCGACUACUCUAUUCCGGUGGCGAUGCUGGAUUCUCUAUGGGUUCUUUCGAGACAAGAGUAUUCAAUUGGCGUGCACCAACUAUCCUUUUGGUCGCCGGAAACAGAAUUGAAGAUUCUCCCACCGGUGGACAGGAAAAGAAUUUUGCAGACACAUUGCCGCCUAAACGAUUUCCCAAUAGUGGUAAAUCAUCCAGAGUUGUCUUUGGAGUCUAUCUCUCACAACCUUGGAGACAAACUCAUAAAGAGUGUUUUGGAGACACCGACACACUACUUUUCCAGCUCGAACCCGUUCAUGAGGUCUUUCGCGCUUCGGUAAUUAACAAUGAUUAUGUGGCAUUCUCCAAACCUCCAUCAGCCCAUCCAUGUUUAUCCUUUGGAUGCCCACACCCUAAAACGAAACAGACGGCUGGACUAUCUACUCAUGUGAAUCUUGGCGCUGUAUCGUUAUAUCUAGAUUCUUCUUUUGAAUUUGGUGUUUUUACACACAACUAUUCAUCUGGCGGAGGAGCAUUCCACAACAGUGAGACCAGACGCACAGAUUUUCAAGACCGAUUUGAAAUCGAAAGUUUAGAAGUCUGGGGUUGUGGAGGCGAUGCCGAAGCUCAGAAACAAAAGGAGAUGUGGGCCUGGGAAGAAAGAGAAGCGGAGGCAAGGAGAAAGAUCAAUCUAGGAACUGGUGAUAUUGAAGCCGAUAGGGCGUUGUUAGAAAUGGCGGGGCUUAUUGGAGGGAAUAGGAGUGGUGGUUCUAUGAAUUGA